GGCACCUGCCUCCCGCGCAUGCGCGCCAGGCGGUGACGCAGGACCUGGACUUGCGCGUUCAGCAAAGAGCAGAAGAAGCCGGCGACCUUGCGCUCUCUGCCUGAUUCCUGCCUAGCGGACCGAACAUUCGCAGCUGAAGAGAUGGCAUUUGUCAAGAGUGGAUGGUUGCUCCGGCAGAGUACUAUUUUGAAGCGCUGGAAGAAGAAUUGGUUUGACCUGUGGUCCGAUGGCCACCUGAUCUACUAUGAUGAUCAGACCCGGCAGAGUAUAGAGGAUAAGGUCCACAUGCCAGUGGACUGCAUCAAUAUCCGCGUGGGGCACGAGUGUCGGGAUAUCCAGCCUCCAGAUGGGAAGCCCAGAGACUGUCUGCUGCAGAUCGUCUGCCGAGACGGGAAAACCAUCAGUCUCUGUGCAGAGAGCACAGACGAUUGUCUGGCAUGGAAGUUUACACUGCAGGAUUCCAGAACAAACACGGCUUACGUUGGCUCAGCGAUACUGUCUGAAGAGACUGCCGUGGCUGCCUCGCCUCCCCCCUAUGCUGCCUACGCUGCACCGACCCCUGAGGUCUAUGGCUAUGGUCCAUACAGUGGCGCAUACCCAGCAGGAACUCAAGUUGUCUAUGCUGCCAAUGGGCAGGCCUAUGCAGUGCCAUACCAGUACCCAUAUGCAGGAGUUUAUGGACAGCAGCCUGCCAAUCAAGUCAUCAUCCGUGAGCGGUACCGAGACAAUGACAGUGACCUGGCCCUGGGCAUGCUUGCUGGGGCAGCCACAGGCAUGGCUCUGGGGUCUCUGUUCUGGGUCUUCUAGAGCCUUCAGGGUGUUCUGUGCAUCGCUUCUGUUAGUCCUGUGUGCAAUAGUCGAUCUUCAGGACAUUUCUGUUUGUGACACGUGUCUUUCAUAAUAAUUUAAAUAGUUCUUUUGAAGAUGGUAAUCUGGUGAUUGUGACUGACCUGCAUGGCACCACAGAGAAGGCCUGGAGGUAUGCUGUGAAUGAGAGCCGAGCUCCUGGGGUACUGGUUUGCAGCAGGUCUUCCCUGGGGAGCUCUUGGACCACCUUGUGUAAACACUCCCGUUUAAAAGGGCAUUUCCUGUUGAGUUAGGUACAGUACUUAGUUAAGGGAUGACUUUCCCUGCUAUGCCAAUACUAAUCUGAUAGAGGAGGAUGUGACUGAGUGUGGUAAGAAGAAUUCAACUUCUUUUACUUUAACUGUGAAAUCUCACUGUAGACCUAGAGCUGUGGCUGGUGGCUCCAGCAGGCAGGGCAGUGGUGUGAGAACCCUGGUAUCCGCCCUCAGUAGCUCCCGGGUACCUACCUACAAGAUUGACUGCUCAGGAUGAGAACGGACACUCCUUCCCUUUAGAAAUUAUUCUGCAGGAAUCCGCCCAGCUUUAGUCUCUUGUUAUCCUUCUGUUUGCUUUUCCCGGGAAUAAGUGGAAAUAGUCUCAAGUUAGGGAUUGAUUUGAGCCUCAGAACUUGAGGCUUCACCUUUAAACCUUGCCCAGUGAAGACUAGUGAGUGGCAAAUGGGUGGAGGCAGGCUGGAGUCUGCCCAGGGAUGUGUUUCCGAGCUGGCUUUGGGUCUGUCGGUUGCCAGCUCAGUCUGUCUGUAGCCUAUUUUUCUACUUGUAAAGGAAGUGCGGUGAGGGGGAUGGGGGAGAGCUUUAGCAUAAUGUCCCUGUCUCGGGCCUUCUGGGGCCCAAGCUGUACAAGGGCACUCUUUAACUCCUGGGGAGGCUUGUCUUUAGCCCUGGUCGGGCCCCGUGGCUGUCCAGAGUGUGGGGAUAAACCAGAGCUGGGUGGAGACGAUUUAAGUCCUGAGUGAGAAGCGAGAUAGGGUAGAGUCUUGGGGAGUUUGUUUUAAUCCCUCGUAUUAGUGGGGAAUCCAGCCUCGUUUUUAUUCAUGACCCGCUCAUGAUAGAAAAGCCUAAACUAUUUCUGGUCCCCAGAUGUGUGAUGCUCUGGGAAACCCAUAGUCCUGUUUUCUGAGAAAAAACCAACUGUAUUUCUAGCAUUAGAAAGCACAUGUUCCAUGUAUGCCAACCUUCUGUUCAUUCAUGUUUAAAGCUCCCGUUGCCAGCUUUGUGGCUGGCAUGUUUGAAACAGUGCCCUUUCACAGCGGUGGGCAGCGCGGUGAAGGCGCUGCUCCCUGCUCUUAGUCCCGUUUCUCCAGAGCGCCCCCAGUAAGCACACUGGGAAUGUGCCCAGCCCAGCGCGUGCGUGCUGCCUUGCUACACUGCUUGGCCGCUUUUUCUUCGUCAGUUCAAGUCUUGAACAUAUCUCCAUGUGAGACGGUUGCCAAGUAGAUGUGAUGGUGCCCGAGGUGUUUUUCUAGCUACUCCUUGGGGACUUGUUGACACAGCGCUGCUGAUUUCUGGCUGAAAUUUGCUUUGUCAUCUCUGGUAAGAUGGCUAUGUGACAACAUGGUUCUGAUGGUUUGUAGUGUCACCUUAAUAAAGGUAAUGUUGAUUUUAUGUCCUGUGUUGUAAAAAUGACUUUUUACAAUGUUAUCAUUCUUAAAGCUCCAUGCUUUACUUACAAAACAUUAAAAUCAGUUUUCAGUGAUGCACAAGGAUAUUAAUUACUGGGAUUCCUAGAACCAGAAAGUAUUAAGUCAUGCCCCUGAAGUGCUACUGAAUUAUCUCCUGUAAUCCCACGGGUGUGCCGUGCCUAGACCUUGACCCCAGUGGGACUAGCUUUAACAGGCAGCCAUAGUUGAGCCUGAUCAUAUCUUGCCACCAGUUGCUUGAUUCUGGAAUGAAAUGCACUCUGGGUGUGAAGAUGGACUCAGGCAUUUCAUUUCCUUGGCCCCUGUCCUUGUAGAUGCUGUCCUUUUAUUGCUUCAGCCGAGUCAUUUUGUGCCUCAGGUCAGUCAUGAGAUUCAUGAGUUGGAGGGAACUGCUUGUUCAGGACUGAGGAGCAUUUCCCUUCCGUGGAUACUUUUAAAUAAUGACCCAAGGCUGGAAGACAUCGGCUGCUGACACUGUGUGGCUGAUUUUAUCGCUCUCUUAGUUCUUUGAGUUAACAACUUUCCGUAUGAAAGAGGGAAGCCUGAGGUUCAUAUCUCAGAUCAGCACUUGUCAAGGAGGCCCAAGCUUUGCGUAUUUUAGAUCCUCAGUUCCCACAGGAGCCUUCUGAAGUGUGGGAAGUUCCUGUGGUUGAGACAGGAUGAUCCAGACUUCUUUUCUACCUGUGUUGUUGCUCCUAUGUAUCCUUUCAUUUUGCCUUCUAGUUCAUGUAGAUGAAAGCAGAGGACACAGGCAAUUUUCUUUGUGAUUGCUUUUGUGCUUCUGUUAUUCUGUUAUGUCUACAGAGCCUAUGUUCUCCCUGUGUGCACAAAUGGUAUGUAUGUUUAUAAGUGAACUUGUUAAAAUAUUAAAUGAUCAUUAACCUUAAA